AUGAAGAUCGAGGGCAGGACUUUCAUUAUCUCUGGAGGUGUUUCUGGUCUUGGAAAAGCAUGCGCCGUAGAUAUCGUCCGGCGCGGAGGAAAUGUCGCCCUUCUAGACCUCAACGAGGCACUUGGUGCAGCCGCCUUAGAAGAACUGGGGUCUAGCGCCAGGUUUUUCCGCGUCGAUGUUACAUUGACUGCCAGUAUCGCCGAUGCGGUCGAGAAGACGGCACAGUGGGCGAAGGAGGCUGAUAAACCAAUCGGGGGAGUCAUCCCUGGUGCCGGAAUCUCAGUCCCCACGCCCAUCAUCGAUGAGAAUAACAACCCUUUCUCGAUGGACCACGUUGACAAGGUUCUGAACAUCAAUCUUCGAGGGACAAUCGAUCUCAUCCGGCAGACCCUCCCGCACCUCACCAUCGCGGCCCCAGAAGGCACCGAUGGUGAACGCGGAGUCAUUAUCAUGAUUGCCAGUCUUGCAGCAUUCGAAGGACAGCCCGGCCUGCUAACUUAUGCCGCAACCAAGGGCGCCGUAGUGAGCAUGACGCUCCCGCUCGCACGCGAACUCUCCAAGUUCGGCAUCCGCGUCGUCUCCAUUGCCCCCGGAUUGUUCGACACCGGAAUGACGAAGGCGAUUGGCGACUAUGGAAUGUGGGGCAAAUUCGAAAAGGCCAUGGAGUUUCCAGCGCGGCCAGGAAGGCCCGAGGAAUUUGCCAAGUUUGCGAGUCAGGCAAUUGAGAAUGUGAUGCUGAAUGGCGAGGUAAUCCGCCUGGACGGAGCGACAAGACUACCGAGCGAGUUUUGA